GAGCGCCCGACGGCUCAGGAGAGCCGAGGAAGGAGAAUGCGGCGCCUCUCUCGGGGGACGCGCGGGAGGCGGGCGAGAAGGCAGUAACGGCCUGAGCCGCCGCCGGGGGCUCCAGACAGGUGAGGGUGGCCGCCGAGACCCGCGCUCGAGGCGGGUCCUUUCCGCCAGGAGGCCAGCCGGCCUCGCGCCUUUUGCGGGAGUUACACCUGGAGACGCCUCCGAAGGAAUGGCCGCCCAAACCUGCCGGGCGCCAGCGCGCCUCCCUCCGCCUGGAAGAAAAGCCAAGCCAAAAGCUCCUCUCCCUCCAUCUGAGAGAAAAAGUGCAGAGUAUUCUUCAUUUGAUGAUUCAGAAGUAACCAAUUUCGCCAUGGAACAAAAAGAGAAUAUCCUUGACAGAGACAUCGAGCUGUCUGUGGUCCUCCCGGGCGAUGUGAUCAAGUCUACUGCUGUUAAUGGCAGCAAACCAAUGAUGGAUUUACUGGUGUACCUUUGUGCACAAUACCGUUUAAAUCCUUCAAGCCAUACUAUAGAUUUGAUGUCAGCAGAGAAAAAGCAGAUCAAAUUCCAGCCAAACACACCCAUUGGAAUGCUUGAAGUAGACAAAGUGAUUCUAAAGCCAAAGCAGAUGGAUAAGAAAAAGCCCGUUCCUGUCAUUCCAGAGCAAACUGUGAGAGUAGUAGUUAAUUACAAGAAAACUCAGAAGACCAUUGUCAGAGUUAGCCCUCACGCACCACUUCAAGAGCUUUUGCCAGUUAUCUGUAGUAAAUGUGAUUUUGAUCCUUUACAUACCAUGUUGCUGAAAAGUUACCAAUCGCAGGAUGCUCUUGACUUGGAAAAGUCACUGAAUGACCUUGGACUCAGAGAAUUAUACGCAAUGGAUGUCAGCCGAGUUACACCAACUACUGAAUUCCAUUUGUCAUCUUUACAAGAUACUUGUCAAAACUCUCAAAAUUUGGACAUUUUGAAGGAGAAAGAAAAUAAAGGCUUCUUUGGCUUUUUUCAGCGAAAUAAGAAGAAACGAGAACAAACUGCCAGUGCUCCUGCAACUCCAUUAAUGAGUAAACCAAGGCAAACCUUUUUCAUAAGGUCCAACACCGUUUCCAAACAAUAUGACUCAAAUACCCUCCCAUCAGAAAUGCCAAAAAAGCGGCGAGCGCCCCUGCCUCCAAUGCCAGCUUCUCAGAGUGAUCCCCAGGAUCUUGCACAAGCCCAGCACAGAUCUGCAACUUGUUUCGUGAAAUCCAGCAGUGUGGAUGAAACUGAGAAGGGGCUUUCAACAGUGGGAAGAGUGAGAACGGGCUCCCUACAGCUGAGUGGCACAUCCUCAGUGAAUUCUUCCCUGAGACGAGCAAAACGCAAAGCACCUUCCCCACCUCCCAGAAAAGGCCAAAAUGAAAACAGCACUGCAGCAGGACCAGAGCUGGCAGAAUCAAUUCAGAGAGAAGACAGCGUCAAAGGAAGACAUUCAGAAGUACCGUCUCCAAUAGACAAAAUAGUUGACCUAACCGGAACUUCUGCACCACCCCGUGCCACGUGCCAGUCUGAACCCUCCAGUCCUGCUCAAAACAAUGGGCCACAAAGCUCAGAUACAACUAAACCUUUGGCUAAUGCUGAUAUCCCAGAUGAAUCUGAAGUGUCUCUUAAAUCUGACAUAGAGUCUGAAUAUAGCCUUGAGGAGAUUGAUGAAAAGGAAGAGCUGCAUGAAGAGAGUACUGAUACCGUUCUCAGGACUCAAGAGGUCUCUACUCCCUCUAUUGCUCCUCAUGUACCACCCAGUCCUGGAAAAACUGAGUCUGCUUCAUUGGUGGCUUCAGAUCCUGGUGCUGGCACUGAAAAAACAGAAAAGUCAAUUGCAUAUGACAAAGCUCAGCACAGACAGAGGGCUCGUACAGAAGUUACUACACCUGAGAAUGGAAACAAAUGUCAAGAGAGUUCAAAAUGUCUUCCAUUGAUGACAGACGAAAGCAAGGUUGACAUGGAAGAUAGUAACAAGCUUGGAUCGGGAAGUACCUCAAACUGCCAAACUUGUCAAAAUGAAAUCAGUCAGGAGCGCAACCCACAAGAACUUUUGGGAGGUCUGGAACUGUCCAAUUUGGAGCCAGUAAAGACUCAAGAUGUUGCCAUUCAGACAAUCCCAUCUGCUGACAGUUUUGUUCAGCCUGUAUUGAAUGAGAAUACUCAUCCUCAGCAUAUCAAGCAAACCAUUCAGAAAGGAUUAACCCAUAUGCACAAAUCAGCUCUGGAGAAUCAACCCUCAGAGUUCAUAUAUAGGGUGCACAAGACUGUAGGAACUUUAACAGAGUUCAGUUAUCCAAAGCAACAAGCUGUGCACGACAGAACAAAUCCCAGGGGUGACCAAAAUGAAGUAUGUGCUAAUGAGGAUAACCUUCUACCACAGAGAGUUGUCCAAAGUCCUGUUAGUUCUCCCACAAAGAGUUACCCACUUUAUCAACAACAUUCAAGCCUUAAACCCAAACCUUCCAAUGAGAUUACAAGAGACUAUAUACCCAAAAUUGGAAUGACAACCUAUAAAAUAGUGCCUCCAAAAUCUCUGGAAAUACUGAAGAAUUGGGAAUCGGACACGGUUGAGGAUCAGGAAGCUGUCUGUUUGCAGACAUCUCCUCAGCAUGAAAAUUCCCCAGAAUUUGGUACACAAACAGAAAUUUGUAAUACCCCAAAUCAAACAGAAGUGCCUGGGUUUAGACAUGAAGUUGUGUUGCCAGGGAAUGAUCUCCUGCAUAAAACAUGCCGUGUUGGAAAUAAUACCAUAGUUUCUCUCUCUAAUGCCCAAGGCAAGAAAACGGGAAUAGAACAUUCCAAACCUAAUCCACGUCACGUAAUUGCUCCGUUGGCGCUAAGCACAGAAAAUAAAAGUUUUUCACCACCCGCAGUGCGUGAAAAAUCAAGUAUAUUAAGUCCACCAGCAAAGCCAAACACUUUUUAUUUGCAGAUGCAAAAGAGGGCCUCUAGUCAUUAUGUAACAUCGGCAGUUGCAAGAAGUAGUUCUGUUAGCAGCCCUACUCUAAAUGAAGCUAAAAGUAUAGUGGCAGAAAAAAAACCAGUGUCACCAGAUCAAACGUCUUUUCCGUUUCCUAGAGUAAUCAGUGUUCCUUCUCAGCCAGUUGAGGAAAAGGCUGAAAAUGGUCAUAAUGAUGAGAAAAAACCAGAUGUUCCCACUUCUCCUGUAAAACUGUCUAAGCCUCUGAAUUCUCCCCCCUCCCAGCCUCCGCCAUUCAACCUGAAAACGAUAAGGACUUUUCUUGUGCCACAACCCUACUCUAGUUCUAGGCCUUCCCCUUUUGCUCUUGCUGUGUCAUCAGCUGUUAAGAGAUCACAAUCAUUCAGUAAAACAUGUACCAGUACAAGUGAGCCGUUACAAGAACUGUCCUCUGUUGACCUUCCUUCACCAACAUCCAACACGGAGAUGAAGAACCAUUCUCCUUUGCAGAGCCCAACGGACGGGUCACCGCGGAUCAUGGUAGAGAAGGAAAACAGUUGUGCAAGCAGUGAGCAAAACAGGCAGGUGCCCUCUUUAUCCGGCCACCCAGCAACUGCUGUCUGCGAGAAAGGCACUGGUGUAACACUCCAACGCCCUGACCCAGAACAGAUCCACCAGAGUUUGCUGGCUGCAAUCCGCUCUGGAGAAGCUGCUGCCAAAUUGAGACGGGUUGGUCCUCCAUUAAAUACUGUUGCCGUCAACGGGCGAUCCAGUCUUGAUUCCUCAGCGACCAUCGAAGCAAGAUAUGACCAACACUAGGAUUCCACGCCAAAUAUUUUGCACUUUAAUCACCACUGCAGAGACCUACUUUAAAGUUAAUGGCAUAUUCCUGAAGAGUAUUUGUAAAUGCAGGGUUGUUUGGGGGUAUGUAUUGUCAAGUGGAGUAUAGAAACUUCACACAGGGCCUUGAUGCCUGGGAAAGAGAAUAUAUAAUUUAUAGCAAUAUGUUUUGUCUUUAAGCUGAAAAAUGCUGCUUCGGAGCAUAAAACGGGGAGCAGAAAAGUUCGCUGCCCUGAUAAUCAACCAUGUUCAUUUCCACUUUGCCCACAGCGAAUGAUAUGUUGCAACAUGCUGUAUAAUUCCGGCGUAUGCGAUUCUUAAUGUUUAUAGCUGCCUAAUAAUUAUGCUCACAAAUGUAUGCAUAAGUUUAAAUAAUAAUUCUGCCAUCUGUUGCCUUGAAUUGUUACACUGAAAUGAAUUGCUAUAGUUAGCAGGGUGCUCUCUAGAAUGGCAAUUUAUGCGAGUUUUCCUUUCUUCAGUGAACAACAAAGAGCAAGAUCCUGGCGCAGUUAGAGCUAGUCUGAAUCCCAUUGAUUUUAUUGCAGGGGGUGGGGGGCUAAAUAUAUUUUCUCAUUUAAAAUCAGUGGGACUGAAAAGAGCUUAACUUUAGCUGGAUCUUGCAACUUCAGGUUUAGUCUUAUGUGUUGUAGCGUAUUUGCUAGCAGCAAAGUGAGGGAAUAAAAUAGGAAGUCUUUAGCAAUUCGUUUAUUGACACUGUAUGAUUUUGUGUAUGAAAUGUUGCAAAAGCAGCCUCACAAAAGUGCCUUACCAAUGCCACACAUUACAACAGCGCUCCAAAGACAGCAGCUUACGGAACACUCCCUGUGAUAAACAGGUACAGAAGAAUCCAAACAUUAUCAUGAGUGUUUUGGCAACUUCUGUUCUCGAUUAAGGAUGAUAAACAAACCUAAGAAAUAAGUCUGGGGAAAAAUUGGAGGUGUGAAUUAGUAUUAAUUGCUCUCAUUCAGAGCUCAGCAGUGGAUCUUAGUGAUGUUUAAUAUUCCUGCUCCUUUCCCCUUCUGAAACUUGACAGCAAGGAUGAAGCUGAACAAAGAAAAGGAUGUGUUGACUAGGGCAGACCAGUAUCUGAUCUACAGGGAAUGCAUCUGGAAUCUGUUUGCUGACAAACAGCGCUGGAGUUGCUACAUAUAUGGAAAGUAGUGAAAACUCUGUUUGCCAGCUGAUAUUUAUUCUCAGGCAUAAGGAGGCAGUUUUGGAUUUGGUGGGUCUUGAAGAUUCUGAAAGGAGAGCAGCAUCGACACAAAACUACCAAAAUUAUAUCUGAACUAGGCUGCAAAUGUGUAAAGAAGUCAAUGCAACUGAAUACUUAAGUUUGUAUAUAGAUAUCCCCCCUCCCCUCAAUACUUAGAAAAGUAGUAUCUUAUUUUUAUAGUCUAGAUAACUUUUAAAAUUCAGGAGAAUAGAGGUAGGGAAGGAAAAACAAACUCCACUUUCUGCAAAUAGUAAAAGAGGUGGUGGUGAAUUUGUGUAUUAUAAAUCAGUUUUAAUAAUUACACAAUGUCAAUGAAGUAGUUUUAACAUUUACAUAAACCUGCAGCCACAGAAUUAAUUGCUACUGAAGUAGACCUAUGCAAUUGAGCGGCAAUGCAGACAGCAGAAUCCUCAGUAACAGGUGUGCUUCUUUCUCCUUACAUCUGUUCCUGUACAGUUAAUGUUGCAUUUGUCAACUGAAAUUGCUGUGUGAUCCUCGCUUUGAUCAAUCAAUGGAAUUGUAGAUAUAAGUGGCAAAUACUGGGAUAUUUGCAGUGCUCUAAAAUAAUUCAUGUUUGUUUUUGUUAAAUAAAAGGAAAUUGUAUUUAG